ACAGUCCAUGGCCACAUGACAGCGGAGCUACGUAGAGGAGCUCGGUGCAUCGUGCUGGCGUCCUGCUUCGGGGCUCCAGCGCGCAUGCGUCAGGUUUGGGUUGAAGUAUCCAAUAUGUCGCUGGAAGAUCCGUUCUUCGUAGUCAAGGGGGAGGUCCAGAAGGCGUUGUCUCGUGCCAGGAGCCUUUACGAACGCUGGGAGGAGCUUCUGGAGGAGGGCACUCAGGUGAGCAAAGAUGAGCUGGACUGGAGCACCAAUGAACUGAGGAACUGUCUCAGAGCCAUAGACUGGGACCUGGAGGACCUGAGUGAAACCAUCAGUAUCGUUGAGUCCAACCCGGGGAAGUUCCGCCUGGGGGAGAAUGAGCUGCAGGAGAGGAGAGACUUUGUGGAGCGGACACGGCAGGCCGUACAGGAGAUGAAGGAGCAACUCUCCAGUCCCUCUGUUGUGGCCCAGGCAGAGAAGAAGAACAGACAGGCUCUGAUGGGUGCCUCUGGGCAGGACAGGUCUGAUGGUCUGGAGUCUCACCUGGUGUCAACCAACUCCAGAUACAUCCAGGAUCAACAGGAACAACAGCAGUUGAUCAUGCAGGACCAGGAUGAGCAGUUGGAGCUGGUGACAGGAAGCAUCAGAGUACUGAAAGACAUGUCAGGACGCAUCGGAGAUGAACUAGACCAGCAGGCUGUAAUGCUAGGAGAGUUUGGAGAGGAGAUGGACCAGACGGGUUCUAGGAUGGACUCUGUCCUCAAGAAGAUGGAGAAAGUCUCCCACAUGACCAGCAGUAGGAGACAGUGGUGUGCCAUCGGAGUACUGGUGGUCAUCAUGGUAGUUGUUCUCAUCCUCUUCUUCACCCUCUGAGUACGGACCUCUUCACUACACGACUCUACCACACUCACCCACUCCUUCCUGGGGAUGAACGAUGGAUGAUGAAAUGGAUGGAGGCAUCGAUAAAGGAAACGGGGAAUCCAAUCCAACCCUCGUCUUUCCUUUGUCAAAGAUUAUUCAGAGACUAAAUUCCCCUCUAUCUUUCUAUUACUCGUCUCUCUCUCUGUGUCUCUGUCUAUCCCCGUUUCCCUCCUCUUUCACCACCCAUAUCAGAGGAGUGAACAGCAGUGAGAUGACGGUUACAUUAUAUUAUAUAUUCAGGCAAAGCUAAGAUGUCUCUUAUGUGUGUGAAUUAUGGUACUGACUUGGAAUGAUGGGAGAUGUCAAUGUUGCCUUUUCUAUUUUUAUACGUCUGAGAUGAUCUAUGGUCUUCAUCCCAAAUAGAACCCUAUUCCCUACAUAGUGCACUACUUAGGAUUGGUAUAAUCACCUAGGUCCUAGAUCAGUUGUUAGGUUAACUUCUACCUUGUUCCAAAUCAUCUGGCCUGUUGGAAUACCUUUUCACAGGAGGUAGAAGUUACCCCUAGACACGUUUUAUGUAAUUUCCCCUUCAUGGAUAAAGGAUUUGAGGUUAGUGAUCUAAUCCCAGAUCUGUGGAUAUGGGAAAGUUCAAGCCUAUGGGGAUAGCUUUACCAUAGUAACAGUUGGAGUUCUGGGUUGCUGGGCAGGAAAUUAGCAGCAAAACAAGUUAAUUUGAAGCUCUUUUGCCCCCUAGUGGACAUUUAUGGCCAUGUCAUAAUGUGAACUAGCACACUGACUGAUGUGAUGGUCCGUUUUCAGAGGAGUGCUGAUAUAGGAUCAGUUUUGCCUCCUACUCUGAGACUCUUUAUGAAUAUGACCCUGAGGUGAUUUUAUAAUAUUGUGUAAAUAAAUAUAAAUGUAAUGCUUGACAUUGUGGGAUGUAGCCUUUCUCAAGACAUAUCUCUAUGCGAGUUUCCUGCCUAGUGUCUUUUGGUUGGCACUGCCACCUUGGUCCCAAUGGUACCCGUUUGUGGGCUGGUAUUUACAUUGUACUGAUUGAAUCACUCAAGUAUUCUUUCCAUGCUCUGUUCUACUGAAAUCUGUCUCUAUCACAUUCUCCAAUGAUUUAUUAGGAACUCUCUCAGGGUGUAUUGACUGGUACAAUAGGCCCUGUUCUAAUGCAUCCUUCCUUCCGACCCUCACCACUGAUCUAACGACACAGUGGAAAGUAGCCUAAAUUCCACCUAUCCAACUUUGUCAGAUCAGUGAUUGUGCACAAACAAGGUUGCAUUAGAAGGGUUUGAACAGGGCCUUAUUCUUCCAAGUCAAAAAGGAAAAGGUUAGCACUUCACCAGUGCCAAUGUGUUUCUCAUGCUAUGGAAAUUACUAGAUGCCUCGUGGGAAGAAUGUAUUGUGUAAAUACCAUACAAAAUGGCCGCCUUCCUGCUUUUUGUUUGUUAACAUUUCCAUGUUGAAUGGAAGUUUAGAACUGUACUAUUUUGUUGCCAUGUGAGUGCAGUAAACAUUGGUGAAAGGUUGGUUUCAAGUUUGUCUCUUAACCCAAAAAACAUACGUUGUCUGUCACCGUCUAAGAAUGAACAUGAGUCAUUUCAAAUGCUUUGUCGUAUCAUCAGCCUGAAACGUCAAGUAAACACUCCUUUUUUGUAUGUCGCCCAUCCUAAAUGUUUUGCCGUCAUUGUAGUUUCUUGAUGAAAAUUUGUUCUUAAUAAAUCAUAUGCUUUUAAA